ACGACCUCUCCUACCACGCCCACGCCUCGAUGUUAGUGUUCCAUCACUACCAUCACUACCAUCACUCCCACCACGCCUACCACUCCCACCACGCCUACCACGCCCACCACGCCCAUGUUAUGCAAGAGUUGACAAUCAGUUCUACUAGUCAUCAUUAUUUAAAAAAUUUGCCCAGUCGCUGUCAGAAUGAAGGCAUUACUUAAUACUAUAGCAGUCCUUUGUCUCCUUUGUCCUACUAUUAAAGCGGUGUCCCUACGUGUAAUCGAUGCUCGACUUCAACCGCGCAAUACUACGGUCUCUCAGUCAGUUCUAGCAGUGCUAACUAAACACGAUAGAAGAGACGUGGAACUGUCUCUUAACACGUCCGUAGUGCCACUUCUAUUAGAACGAACGGGUAUUACACCCGGCCAGGGGGUCAAGCCGGGCACAAAGCUUCGGAUCCUUUGCGUUGGUGACUCAAUUACCGUAGGAGCCGCGAGUGGUGAUGGGAACGGUUAUAGACUUCAGCUCCGUAACAAUUUAUCUAACGACAAUGUUGUUUUUGCUGGGACAGAGUUUUCUGGCGGCAUGGCUGAUGGUUAUUUUGCGGCCUGGACAGGGAAAACUAUUCAAUAUGUCACUGAUCAUGUUAAACCUUCGUUGGAACAACGACCAAAUAUCAUUCUCCUACAUCUGGGGACUAAUGAUAUGACCGAAAAUUCUGCAAUCUCAACGGAAGGCAAUGAUCCCUCCGGUGCCGCUCAGCGCCUAGGAAACCUUAUUGACCAGAUGAUUGCGCUAUGCCCAGAUGCUAUAAUCAUGGUUGCAAUGAUCAUCAAUACUUGCGAUCCAAGUCAAGCCCCUCAGACUCAGAGAUAUCAAUUAUUAGUUGCCAAAAUCGCUCAGCAGUAUUCUUCUAAAGGCCACAAGGUCAUUGCUGUGGAUUUUACAACCUUUCCCAUUAGCCAGCUUCGCGACUGCAUUCACCCAGCAGACGAAGGCUAUCGCGAAAUGGGUCACUACUGGUAUGACUUCAUUACCCAGAUACCGCGCGAUUGGAUUCAAGAACCCGUUGGCCCUGAUCCACGCCGAGCGGGAGCGGGAGACUCUAAGUCGAAUAGUGGCCCAGAUCCAAACAUUCCUCCACCUAACUUUGGUACCAACCCGGUCCAACCAAACUCAACGGAUACUGUUGCUAACGCUGCGGGAACGGAAGGAAGAGCAUGUUGUAACGACCUUUUUGUCACAGGAUAUCUUUGGUUCUUGGUAUUUCAGCACUGUUUCAUUCUGUAUUCGAUUCUAUACUCCUUUUUAUCUCCCUUUUUGGGGAAGAGAUCAUCAUUGUAAAUCAUAUAAAAUAGCUG